GCAGAUAUGUCCACCGCGCUCAAGCAAGUCUUUAAUAAAGAUAAGACUUUCCGCCCAAAACGCAAGUUUGAACCUGGAACCCAGAGGUUUGAACUUCACAAACGAGCUCAGGCGUCUCUGAACUCAGGUGUGGACUUGAAAGUGGCUGUGCAGUUGCCUAGUGGAGAAGACCAAAAUGACUGGGUUGCUGUCCAUGUUGUUGACUUCUUCAAUAGGAUCAACCUCAUUUAUGGAACUAUCUGUGAGUUCUGCACAGAGAAGACCUGUCCAGUAAUGGCUGGAGGCCCUAAGUAUGAGUAUCGGUGGCAGGACGACAUGAAGUACAAGAAGCCCACAGCGUUGCCAGCUCCCCAGUAUAUGAAUCUUCUUAUGGACUGGAUUGAGGUGCAAAUUAACAAUGAGGACAUAUUUCCUACAAAUGUAG